UUGCAAUGGACCAGCUCCACCCUCCACUCGUCGGUCCUGUAGCCAACCCCGCUCAGAUUUCCCGUUCUGUGAGCUUCAUCAGGGUUCUCCUCCUCCGCGUUGCACUGAUUAAAGAAACAACCAAAGGUUCUUCAAGAUGAACUGGGGUUUUCUCCAAGGCCUCCUGAGUGGGGUGAACAAGUACUCCACGGCGUUCGGGCGAGUGUGGCUGUCCAUUGUGUUCGUCUUCAGGGUAUUGGUUUUCGUUGUGGCGGCUGAGAAGGUUUGGGGUGACGAGCAAAAGGAUUUCAAAUGCAACACGGCUCAACCGGGGUGCCACAACGUCUGCUAUGACCAUUUCUUCCCCGUGUCCCACGUGAGGCUGUGGGCCCUGCAGCUCAUCUUCGUCACCUGCCCCUCAUUCUUAGUGGUGAUGCAUGUGGCCUACCGGGAGGACCGUGAGCGUAAGAACCGAAUGAAGUACGGCGACAACUGCCGCCGGCUCUACCAGAAUACUGGAAAGAAGCGGGGAGGUCUUUGGUGGACCUAUGUUCUGACUCUGAUAUUUAAAGUCUUGGUGGACACCACCUUCGUCUACCUCUUGUACCACAUCUACGAGGGCUACGACUUUCCUUCGCUCAUCAAGUGUGAACAGAAGCCAUGCCCCAACAAAGUCGACUGCUUCAUCGCCAGGCCAACUGAGAAAAGAAUCUUCACCAUCUUCAUGGUGGUCACCAGCCUGACCUGCAUCCUUCUCUCCCUUUUGGAGAUUGUCUACCUGGUGGGAAAACGCUGCCGGGAGAUCUUCACCGCUGUUCAUCACUCUCACCAUAUUGUGACCACUAGUGGCAGCAACUUGAUGGAGUCAAACCAUCUCAAGAUGUCCAAAAAGAACACGCCACAAACCCCCGCCCCUGCAUACAGUGUGGCCAUAUUUUGAAAUAACGUGUUUUUUUUCUCAGGCAAAGACUUGACAAGGCAGGCACUUUUCUAAAUGUGUUCAGAAAAUUAUCUGCAAUGACUUCUUACUGUCUGGAAAUCUGAGGUGAGAUGGCACAUGGUCACAAUAAUGUUUUCAGGGGCAGUUUGAGAGACAAAGUAAAAGGCAAGUUUGUUUGUAUGAGGCGGGCUUCGAGACCGUGAGUCAGUCGGUGCUUUGGAGAAUGUGGUCUCACACGCACACGCGUACACACCCACGCUGUUUCUGUGUAAGAUUUUCCUUUCUGGCAAGUGCCAAACCUCCAAAUGUUUUCAUUUAAAUUGUGUGGAGUCUUUUCAUCUCGCACAUACACUGCAUGGACAAAAAUUCUGGGACAUUCCUCUUAAUCACAAAAAUCAGGCUGGUCUUAGUAUCCUCUGAAUACUCAAAAUAGUUGAAUACUUUGUGCUUCAACCUUUGCAACAUUUUCUUAAUAAGUUAUGGGGAAAAAUAUAGGCUAAAUCACUGAAUAGGAUGAGGUUCCAAGUUUAAAUCUCAUUUCCGGUCUUACAGUGUGAAGGCCUACUUUUUAAUGGUCUAAACUCCUUACAAAGCUCCUACUAUACUACACUGCCAGUAAAACCAAAUAUCAAAUUAAACGGAUCUCCCAACAAUAAUUUCAUUGCCCAUUGAGUAAAACCCUUGUACAGACAACUACCAAACACAUAAAGGAGAACCCAUAGAACAGAGACUGAGCCAAGAGUAAUUAUUACUAGUGCUGCACCGAUACCAAUAAGUUUUACGGCACUAAAAUGAUGCCAUCGGUAUGAGGGAGUACUAAGAAAUAACAUGAUGAUGUUGCGCAAUCCAACUCCAAUUCCAACUCCUGGUCGCCCUACCCAAGAUGGCCGUUGUAACACAAGAAGUGCUUAUUGCCCUUCCCAACAUGAUGAUCAACGUCCAAUCAUCCAUCUGAUGUGAACGAGUUUAUCACAAGGGCGUAGGUUUGCAUAGGAACGGUAGGGACAUAACACUAGCAACUUUUCAUGAUGCUCAAAUUGUCCCCACCAACUUAUAAGCAACCUUAUUACAUUAUAUAAAGAGUUCAAAUAUAUUGGUAAUUUAGAUUGUCUUACCAUAUGUUGUAAGGCUAGAAUAAUUACCAUUCUUAAGUGAAUUAUUUUCAUUAUGUUCAGACAUAUUUAUCCCUUUUCACUUGCUGAAUGUGCCGGUCCAUUUUUUUCCCCUCAAACGAACGUUUGAUUGGCUGAUGACUUGAAGCCACCCAUCGCGCCACAAAGACACACACAGACAUACUCACACAACCCUGACAGAUUCAUGUCGACAACAUGCCACCCACUUCGGAAAGGAGGGAUAUUAGAAGUUUUUUUUUUCCGGCCAGCAGCAGCCACUGUAGGUCAUAUAAAAAGACGUUAAAAUGGUGGAGGUGGCGGAAACACCAGUAGUUUUGUUACUGAAAGUCCGACCUGCAACAGUUAGCAUAACAUUAAACUUGCUAACCAUCAAAACUACUGCGAUCAGGCCAGCCUCCACCAGGAACAACGAAAUCAAGCUAGUCGUCCCUUAUUUGGAACAUUGUUUGAAUUAUGUGCAUUACGGUAAUAUCGUCCCUACCGAUGUUGAGACCAAACCUACGCCCUUGGUUUAUCACUAGUAGACAUCCAAUCUACACAAGGAGUUGUCUGACUAAGCCAGGGGUGGGCAAACCGGUCCUCGAGGGCCGCAUUGGGUCCUGGUCUUUGUUCCAACUGAUUCAGCACACGCAGUAUAACCAAUGAGGUUUCAGUGGAAACAAGGAGCACCUGACUGCAAUCAACUGAUUGCACUUGUAAGAAACCAGAUUGGUGAAAAGUGGUCCUCAUGAUGGGUAUGAACAAAAACCCGCACCCACUGCGGCCCUUUGUGGAAUAGUUUGCUCACCCCUGGACUAAGCCAUCAUUGCAAUUACUUUACAUUCCAGUGAGUAUGCAUAAAUUAGUAUUUAUAAAUUUUUCGAUUUUGGGUGCCUAAAAAAUGGUAUCAGUGCAACACUAAAUAUUAUAGUAUCAUUAUAUUUCUUAAAGAGUGCAAAUUAUUACUUUAUUCCCACUUUUAUUUACUGUGUGGCCUUUUCUCAUUACUUUGGUCCAUAAUGUGCCCAUAAUUUGCCUCCAUUGUUUACACUGUAUGUAAUUUAUCACGACUUUUGUACGAAAGCGUCUUGUUUUUACACUGCUGUUUUUGAUGUAUGUACAGUAUUUUCAAUAAAUGCAUU